UCUUCUGGUAAGAGCACCCCUGGAAAUGCCUCUAUCCUCACCUCAAUGGAACCUCCCGCAGCUAUAAGAGCUCAAGCAAAGUCGCCCAACCAUAUCAAAAGACCUAUGAAUGCUUUUAUGGUGUGGGCACGUGAUGAAAGAAGGAAGAUUCUCAAAGCUCAUCCAGAUAUGCAUAACAGCAACAUUAGCAAGAUUCUAGGAAAUCGAUGGAAAUCUAUGAGCAAUUCCGAAAAGCAGCCGUAUUAUGAGGAGCAGUCACGUUUAAGCAAAUUACAUAUGGAGCAGCAUCCUGACUACCGUUAUAGACCGCGACCAAAAAGGACGUGCCUUGUCGAUGGGAAGAAGGUUCGCAUCAAUGAGUACAAAACAAUGAUGAAGAAGAAAGAGCCGAGCUGGCCUGAAGACCAGUCAAUUUCUCCUACAUCACAGGUAGGUUGA